CCUGGCUGGGGCCCGGCUGGUGCUGCGCCGCGUCGGGGCUGCGAGGCGAGGCCGGCGGGAUGGAGGCCGUGCCCCGCAUGCCCAUGAUCUGGCUGGACCUCAAGGAGGCGGGAGAGUUCGGCUUCCACCAGGCCGUCAAGAAGUUUGUCCUGAAGAACUAUGGUGAAAAUCCAGAGACCUACAAUGAAGAGCUGAAGAAGCUGGAGCAGCUGAGGCAGAACGCCGUCAACGUGCCCAGGGACUUUGAAGGCUGCAGCAUCCUGCGCAAGUACUUUGGGCAGCUGCACUACCUGCAGAGCCGCAUCCCGAUGGGAGCAGAGCAUGAAGCAGCCGUCCCCAUUACCUGGACUGAGAUCUUCUCCGGCAAGACGGUGACGCAUGAGGACAUCAAAUAUGAGCAGGCCUGCAUCCUGUAUAAUCUGGGCGCAUUGCAUUCCAUGCUCGGAGCAAUGGACAAAAGGGUAUCCGAGGAGGGCAUGAAGGUCUCCUGUACCCAUUUCCAGUGUGCAGCGGGGGCGUUUGCUUACCUUCGGGACCACUUCCCUCAUUCCUACAGCGUAGACAUGAGCCAUCAGAUCCUUAACCUCAAUAUCAACCUCAUGCUGGGCCAAGCCCAGGAGUGCCUUCUGGAGAAGUCAAUGCUGGACAACCGCAAGAGCUUCCUUGUGGCCAGGAUCAGCGCCCAGGUGGUGGAUUACUACAAAGAAGCGUGUCGAGCUUUGGAGAACUCUGAAACAGCCUCACUGCUGGGGAAGAUUCAGAAGGACUGGAAGAAGCUGGUGCAGAUGAAGAUCUACUAUUUCGCUGCCGUGGCUCAUUUGCACAUGGGUAAGCAGGCGGAGGAGCAGCAGAAGUACGGCGAGAGGGUCAUCUACUUCCAGAGUGCUCUGGACAAGCUCAAUGAAGCCAUCAAACUGGCCAAGGGUCAGCCUGAGACAGUGCAGGAAGCCCUGAGGUUCACCAUGGAUGUCAUUGGAGGAAAGUACAACUCUGCCAAAAAGGACAACGACUUCAUCUACCACGAGGCUGUCCCUGCUCUGGAUACCUUGCAGUCGGUGAAAGGUGCACCUCUUGUGAAAGCCCUUCCUGUCAACCCCACAGACCCGGCUGUCACAGGCCCUGACAUUUUUGCCAAGCUGGUUCCAAUGGCUGCCCAUGAGGCCUCUUCACUCUACAGCGAAGAGAAGGCCAAGCUGCUGAGAGAAGUGAUGGCCAAGAUCGACGCCAAAAACGAAGUCCUGGAACAAUUCAUGGACUCGUUGCAGCUGGACCCCGAGACCGUCGACAACCUGGACAUGUACAACCACAUCCCGCCCGUCUUGAUGGAGAAAUGCGCAGCGCUCAGCGUGCGCCCAGAGACCGUGAAAAACCUUGUUCAGUCCAUGCAGGUGCUCUCUGGUGUUUUCACGGACGUCGAAGCAUCUCUGAAGGAGAUCAAGGACCUUCUGGACGAGGACGAGGCCCAGGAGCAGAAGCUGCGAGAGGCGCUGGGGGGGAAGCUGCCCCCGCAGCAGGGCUCCCCUCCCACCCCGCCCUCCUCCGGGCUGGCGGAAGUAGCCAAGGAAUGGGCCAAGUAUAUGGAGGUGCACGAGAAGGCCAGCUUCACCAACACGGAGCUCCACAAGGCCAUGAACCUGCACAUCAGCAACCUGCGGCUGCUCAGCGGCCCCCUGGAGCAAGUGAGGGCCGCCUUGCCCACCCCCAGCCUGACGGAAGACGACCAGCAGGCAAUGCAGACCUUGAAGAGGAUCCUGGCCAAAGUGCAGGAGAUGAAGGACCAGCGGGUCUCCCUGGAGCAGCAGCUGCGCGAGAUGAUCCAGAAGGACGACAUCACCACCUCGCUGGUGACGACGGACCGGUCUGAGAUGAAGAAACUCUUCGAGGAGCAGCUGAAGAAAUAUGACCAGAUCAAGGUCUACUUAGAACAGAACUUGACCGCCCAGGAGAACAUCCUCAAAGCCCUGACGGACGCCAACGUCAAGUACGCGGCCGUGCGCAAGGUCCUGGUAGAGGUGGAACACAAGUGGAACACCUCUUUGCAGACACUGGUGGCUUCCUAUGAGGCUUACGAGGACCUAAUGAAGAAAUCCCAGGAAGGGAAGGAUUUCUACGCCGACUUGGAAAGCAAAGUGGCCAAACUGCUGGAGAAAUCCCGGACUGCUUGCAAGGGAGCUGAGGUGGCCAGGCAGCAGCUCCUGGACAGGGAACUGAAGAAGAGGCCCCCUGCCAGGCCCACCACCCCCAAGCCGCCACUCCAGAAGAAGACCUCCGACCUUGAGCUGCCUGACCCCCUGCCCCUCGGCUCUCUCUCCCUGGCCGACCUCCCGGAGGAGCUCCGCAGCCUGCCCCCGGAAGUCCUGGGGGCUCACCUGGCGCAGCUGCCGCCAGACGCCUUGGCCGCCCUGGGUCUGGACCCCGCCUUCCCCCAUGCCAGCCUGCGAGCGGCCCCUGGCCAGGAAGCCUUCUCUGCCCCCCAGCCAGGCCAGGCCAGGCCUCCCUUCGGCCCGGGCCAGAUGUCGGCCCAAGGUGCCCCUCACAGGCACUACCCGCCACCCAGAGUCCCAGCCAGCUCCGCACAAGCCCCUUACCCGCCGGCCUCCCACCAGAUGCCACCUUCUGCCCCCCAAGCAGCCCUGCCACCGAUGAGCUCCGCCCCCUCCUCAGCCGCCUACCCACCCAGCGCCAGUGUCAUGCGGGGCCCAGCUGCGCAGCCCGCCUACCCUCUGCCCCCUCAGCACACCUCCCCGCAGCACCUCCCCAUGCCCGUCUCCACUCCCCCGCGGGGCAUGGUUUACGGCAUGGGGCAGCUGGCCCCCAACAGCGGGGCCUUCCCGGCCAGCCACUCCACCCCUCUGGCAGUUAGGGCCCCCGCUCCCUCCCCACACCAGUACGGCGUCGGCAGCUUCCCGCCGGGGGUCCGGCCGGCCACCACCACCGUCGACAGCAUCCAGGCCCCUAUCUCGAGCUGUGCGGCCCCCAGGGGCAUGGCCGGGCCGCUCCCCCAGUGGCCAGGGCCUCCUCCACAGCAGGGUGGCUUUGCAGGACCUCAAGGGACCCCCAGCGCUCAGUUCCCCUACCCGCAGCCUUGCGGGCCCCCUUUCAUGCAGCAGGUCCUGCCGCCUUACUCCUCUGCUCAACCUCCACAGGCCUUCUCCCCCCAUGGGCCCCUCCAGCCCCCGAUGGACCGGCAGGUCCGCCCCCAGCCCCUCGGCCCGCCCCCUCAGCAGUACACACCCCAGUUCCUGGCUCAGGCCCAAAUGCCCCAGCAGCAGCCACCCUUCCAUCACCCCUUUCCGGCUCAGGUCUGCGCCCCGCAAGCCGUCCUCGGACAGGGCCACCCCGUCCAACUGGGAGCCCAGCACUACCAGCUUGGGCCGCCCCACGACAAGCUGCCUCGGGGCCACACCCUGCCUCCCCACUCCUUGACCUACCCCACGGCCGUGUCGCACGGCCCCAACAUUUCCAUGGGCAUGAUGGGGCCCGGACAGCAGCAGCAACAGCAGCAGCUGCCCCUUCGCCCGUCGCUCGCUUCCAUCCAGCCCUUGCCCGCCGGAUCGCCAGCCCAGGUUGCCUUUGGUGCUGGCCCGGCGCCCCUGGGCCCUGGGACUCCCCAGAUCCCUCCAGGUGCCCCUAUGCCCCUGGGAGGACAGCCCCAGCCCGUCAGCCAGGCCCUCCCUCACCACGUCCCUCCCGCACCCAGCCCUGCCCUGGCGCAGUUGCCAGGCGCGGCAGUGGUGUCGGGCGUUGCUUUGCCCUCGCCGGCGCCCUCGCCGCAGCCUUCCCUGACUCUUCCGGCUCCCUCUCUCUUGCCCCCCUCGGGGCCUCUCCCGCAGCUGCCCCCCUCCUCUCUGGCGCCCGGCGGGGCCGCCCCACUAGCACAGGGCCCCUCGGACGCCUCCCGCUUCCCCCGGCAGAACUCGUCCACUGAUGACCUCCUGUCCUCCAGCCCCGAGAGCCAGCACGGGGGCGCCAAGGCCUCGGUGGGGCAGCCCCUCCUGCAGCCCACCAAGGCGGACGCCAAGGAGGGGCUGAAGCCGAAAGCUGUGCAGCUGAUCGAGAAGGACCCCUACGAGAAGCCCGAACACAUCCGGCGGCUCCUGUCGGAGCUGGAGCGCUUCCAGGACGUGGUGGGCGCCCUCGAGAAGCCAGCCCCUUCCUCGGGGAGCGCCAGUGAGCUGGACGGCAUCUGGAAGGAGCUGCAGGACGCCCAGGAGAAAGACGCCCGCCAGCUGUCCAUCGCCAUCGCCCGCUGCUACUCCAUGAAGAACCGCCACCAGGACAUCAUGCCCUACGACAAGAACCGCAUUGUCCUGCAGUCGGGCAAGGACGACUACAUCAACGCCAGCCGCAUCGAAGACCUCUCCUCCUACUGCCCCACCAUCAUCGCCACCCAGGCCCCCCUGGUGGGCACAGCCUCCGACUUCUGGCUCAUGAUCUACGAGCAGAAAGUGUCCGUCGUCGUCAUGCUGGUUUCCGAGCAGGAGAUCGAGAAACAAAAGGUUGUCCGCUACUUCCCCACGGAGCGGGGCCAGCCCAUGGUCCACGGCCUCCUCACCCUGGUCCUCACCAGCGUGAAGGCCACCCCGACGCACGUGGAACGCAUGAUCACGCUGCAGUUCCGAGACCAGAGCUUGAAGCGCACCGUUAUCCACCUCCAGUUCUCCUCCUGGCCAGAGCUUGGCCUCCCGGACAGCAAAGGAGACCUGCUUCGCUUCAUUCAGGAGGUGCACAGCCAUUACCUCCACCAGCGGCCGCUCCACACCCCCAUCGUCGUCCAUUGCAGCUCUGGCGUGGGCCGCACCGGCGCCUUCUGCCUCUUGUACGCCGCCAUGCAGGAAGUGGAGGCCGGCAACAGCAUCCCGGACUUGCCGCAGCUGGUGAAGAAGAUCCGCCAGCAGAGGAAGCACAUGCUGCAGGAGAAGCUCCACCUCAAGUUCUGCUACGAGUCUCUCCUGAAGCAUGCCAAGCAGGUGCUGCAGAGACACGGGGUCACGGCGCCCUCCGCCAGCAAGCCUGCCAGCAGCGCUGCCCAGAAGCCCUAUAUCCACCAGGACCCCCAGGAUCUGGUCCUGGGUGCCGACAUGCCCAUCAGCUCCAUCCAGGCCACCAUCGCCAAGCUCAGCAUCCGGCCUCCCUCGGGAGGGGCAGAGCCCUCGUCCGCCAACGGGCAGCAGCUGGAGCCCCUGCCCUUGGCCGUCCCAGCGCCGCCUGCCGGCCCCCCUCAGACCGCCUUUGCCGAUCUCGGCUGCCCCGUUACCAGCACAGAGCCGGCCCCCGCGCUCUCCCCGCCAGCCACCCCUGCCCCAGCGGCGCCCGAGGCUGCCGGGUGCUGCACGGCCGAGAACAGCAACCAUCUGGAAGAGGAGAGUCAGGAAGAGACCGAAGCCCCGCCGGCGCCUCCUGGCGCAGAGUCCUCUGCCGCUCCGGCCACGGCCCCGUCCUCCUCGUCCCUGGAGCUCCUGGCCUCACUGACCCCCGAGGCCUUCACACUGGACAACAGCCUCAAGGGCAGGCACAAGGUCAGCAAGCAGAGCUUCCUCCAGCCCCAGAACGGGGAAGGCCUGCGUGGCACCCGCCCCAGCGACGACCCCCUCAGCAUGCUUGACCCGCUGUGGACACUUAACAAGACAUGAGAGGAAGGAGGGCGUCACACCGACCCGAGACUGCUGCUGCUAACGCCGCCACCGAUGCAUUUUGAGGACUAGGAACUUGGGAGGGCGAGGGAGGAAAGGUGGCUGGUUCGCACUCUGCUCAGCAUGCAGCUUUUCCAGCUCGAGACUGGCCACAGCCAGGAAGCCUCUGCUGCGCCAGGAGCCACGCAGUGCCCACUCGACUCGCGUCCUUUUCCCCCCUCUCCCGCCCCUUCAGUUUCCCAUCGGCUGUGUCUGAACGGCUGGAGGCGUGCAGGAGGAUUUUUCUGAGCCGGUUGUUCCUUUCUCCCACUUUGUGCCUGCCUCCAAGUGCCACGGGAAGGACGGAAUCUGUAAAUUGGCCUUUGGAGGGGCAGGAAUCAUGGGAGGCGGUUUGGACAGAGCAGGACGUGUGGUUUGAUUUCCACUGCGGACAUAGGCGGUUACCCAGCUGGAGAAGCCCCCCCCGAGGUGAUUUUCCCGACCAGAGGAAGGUUUUGAAACACAGCCAAGGUAACCCAGUCCUAGGUGGACUAGUUCCCCGCCUCUUCAGCUAAAGGGCUUUGACUCCCACCCCCUGCUGCCACCCUUGGUGUCCCCAAGGCUUUGAGAUGUAGCACUUCAGGCCUCCUACGUCCUCAUCUCCUCCUUAAACUGCCUCUGGCAAGACCCCCUUUUGCUCCCGUCUACUGACUUCCACUCUGAAUGGGGUAUCCAAGACCCAACCAACCCCCUUUGAGCUGGCGAGAGCCCAUUUGGGACCAAGCAGCUACGUUUGAUCGGCUUGCAUGAAAGGUGCGUGGAGUGUCUUUUUAGCUGCUAGGCGAAGGUGCAGGAGACGUGCUUUCUCAGCAGCCUCCAAAGCUGCUCCCAUGUCUUGCCGGCCCCACCUUCCGUUUCUUGUUUGGCCAGGCCGGUUGCAUUUUGUUGCCCUUACAUUCCAGCGAGGGAUCCCCGUCUUAGCUCAGAGGCCAGGUCAAGUCACCCAGCUG